AUGAGGUCCAGCAAGCCGCUCUAUCCAAACAUCUGCGAUAUCUGCAUGAACUGUUUGCUGCAUUGCAAGAAACACGCACCAGGGAUCGUUCUCUCAUCAGUAUCGCCAAUUACACCAUCUACUGCGGUGGAAAAGUUAGGUGCAAUGUCGUCAAGAGGUGCCUUUGUACGAUUGCGAGAUCGUAGAGGACUUGAACUCUGGAUCGUAAGUGCUCACGCACCUACGGAUACCGGUGAGGACUUCAACGAAGAAGUGCUUUAUGAUGAACUGAAAUAG